GGGAAGCACGAAAGAAAGGCAAACGAAAAAUUAGAGAACAAAAAUAAUAUUCAAAUCAGAAAAUUUUCGACAUUACAAAAUCAUAAACGCGUCUCGAUUUUGCUAUUCCUAUUUUUUUUCCUCUGGGAAUCGAAUCUCGGACAUUCUCGCAACCAUUUCGCAUUCGCAUUGACGGUGCAUUGUCGGUGUUUGGAGGCUUUAGUUACAAAAAGUUCAAUGUUGCUUUGAUCACAACUAGAUCCAGAGAAAGCAAGAACAUUGAGUUUCUAAUUCGUGAAACAUAAUGGUUGCUACCUUCAAUCCUGCUGUUGGGUCGCGUGUGUGGGUGGAGGACCCCGAUGAAGCAUGGCUAGAUGGUGAAGUUGUAGAGGUUAAUGGUGAACAGAUCAAAGUUCUCUGCACUUCAGGAAAACAAGUUGUUGUUAAAGCUUCGAAUAUUUAUCCAAAAGAUGUCGAAGCGCCAGCAUCUGGGGUGGAGGAUAUGACAAGGCUGGCUUAUUUACAUGAGCCUGGAGUCCUUCAGAAUUUGCAAUCAAGAUAUGAUAUAAAUGAGAUAUAUACAUACACGGGAAGCAUACUGAUUGCUGUUAACCCGUUUAGAAGACUACCACAUCUCUAUAGUAGCCACAUGAUGGCUCAAUAUAAAGGUGCCUCCCUCGGUGAGCUGAGUCCGCAUCCUUUUGCCGUUGCCGAUGCGGCAUAUAGACAGAUGAUUAAUGAAGGAGUAAGCCAAUCUAUCCUGGUUAGCGGUGAAAGUGGCGCUGGUAAAACUGAAAGCACAAAGUUGCUUAUGAGAUAUCUUGCUUACAUGGGAGGGAGAGCUGCUGCCGAGGGAAGGAGUGUUGAGCAGAAAGUUUUGGAGUCAAAUCCUGUUUUGGAAGCAUUUGGAAAUGCAAAAACUGUUAGGAACAAUAAUUCCAGUCGAUUUGGUAAGUUCGUGGAGAUUCAGUUUGACCAAUCAGGGAGGAUAUCUGGAGCUGCUAUAAGAACUUAUUUGUUGGAAAGAUCGCGUGUUUGCCAGGUCUCUGACCCCGAAAGAAACUAUCAUUGUUUCUACAUGCUUUGUGCUGCACCAGAAGAAGAUGUUAAGAGGUUCAAGCUUGGUGAUCCAAAGACAUACCACUAUCUCAAUCAAUCUAAGUGUCUUGCAUUGGAUGGUCUGAAUGAUGCGGAGGAAUAUCAUGCAACAAGAAAGGCUAUGGAUGUCGUCGGGAUUAGUUCUGAAGAGCAGGAUGCAAUUUUCCGUGUCGUGGCUUCCAUUCUGCAUCUGGGGAAUAUUGAAUUUGCUAAAGGAACAGAGAUUGAUUCAUCAAUCCCCAGAGAUGAAAAGUCUUGGUUUCAUUUGAGAACCGCCGCUGAGCUUCUCAAGUGUGAUGAAAAGUCACUUGAGGAUUCUCUAUGCAAGCGUAUCAUGGUAACCCGUGAUGAAACCAUCUCAAAAACUCUCGAUCCAGAAGCCGCUACUCUUAGCAGAGAUGCUUUGGCCAAAAUCAUGUACUCAAGGUUGUUUGACUGGCUCGUUGAGAAGAUUAAUAGUUCAAUUGGUCAAGAUCCUGACUCGAAGUACUUAAUCGGUGUUCUUGAUAUUUAUGGAUUCGAGAGCUUCAAGACAAACAGUUUUGAGCAAUUUUGCAUCAAUUUGACUAAUGAGAAACUUCAGCAGCACUUUAAUCAGCAUGUCUUUAAAAUGGAGCAAGAAGAGUAUAAGAAGGAGGAGAUCAAUUGGAGCUAUAUCGAGUUUGUAGACAAUCAAGAUAUUUUGGACCUAAUAGAAAAGAAACCCGGAGGUAUAAUUGCUCUUCUAGAUGAAGCUUGCAUGUUUCCUAGAUCAACACACGAGACAUUUGCUAAUAAGCUAUACCAGACAUACAAAAACCACAAGCGUUUUACCAAGCCGAAAUUGGCUCGCAGCGACUUCACAAUUUGUCAUUAUGCUGGUGAUGUCACCUAUCAGACAGAAUUUUUCCUAGACAAGAACAAGGAUUAUGUUAUUGCUGAGCAUCAAGCGUUGUUAAAUGCUUCUACAUGUUCCUUUGUUGCAAAUUUGUUUCCACCGUUAUCUGACGAUUCCAAACAAUCAAAAUUCUCCUCUAUCGGUACCCGUUUCAAGCAACAAUUGGUUUCAUUGCUUGAGAUUCUUAAUACAACGGAGCCACAUUAUAUCCGAUGUAUAAAGCCUAAUAAUCUCCUGAAGCCUGGAAUCUUUGAGAACCAAAAUGUUCUACAGCAACUACGUUGCGGGGGAGUGAUGGAGGCAAUCCGGAUUAGCUGUGCUGGUUAUCCUACUAGGAAGCACUUUGACGAGUUCUUGAACAGAUUUGGUAUCCUUGCUCCACAAGUGUUGUACAAGAAUUCUGACGAACCAGCUGCUUGCAAGAAACUACUUGAUAAGGCGGGACUUGACGGAUAUCAGAUUGGUAAGUCCAAAGUUUUUCUUAGGGCCGGACAAAUGGCAGACUUGGAUACUCGAAGAACUGAAAUCCUGGGAAGAUCGGCGAGCAUUAUCCAAAGAAAAGUACGAUCAUAUCUUGCACAGAAAACUUUUAUCCAACUACGUAGUUCUUCUACACAGAUCCAGGCAGUUUGCAGAGGUUAUCUUGCUAGAAUUAUAUACGAAAGCAUGCGGAGGGAAGCUGCUGCUUUGAAAAUCCAGAGAGACUUGCGUAUGUUUCUGGCUAGGAAAGCUUACACUGAGAUGUUUUCUGCUACUGUUUCAAUUCAAGCGGGUAUGCGUGGUAUGGUUUCUCGAAAAGAACUGUGUUUCAGAAGACAGACUAAAGCUGCAACAAUAAUCCAGAGCCGGUGUCGUGUAUACUUGGCUCGGCUGCAUUACAGAAAACUAAAGAAAGCAGCCAUCACAACACAAUGUGCAUGGAGAGGAAAAGUUGCACGUAAAGAACUCAAAAACCUUAAGAUGGCUGCUCGAGAAACAGGAGCUCUCCAAGAAGCCAAAAACAAGCUAGAGAAGCAAGUUGAGGAACUCACAUGGAGAUUGCAGUUGGAAAAACGAAUGAGGACUGACCUGGAAGAGGCCAAGAAACAAGAAAAUGCGAAGUAUGAGUCUUCUUUAGAGGAAAUUCAGAAUAAAUUCAAAGAAACUGAGGCGUUGCUUAUUAAAGAGCGUGAAGCUGCCAAGAAAGUUUCUGAGGUGCUCCCUAUUAUUAAGGAGGUUCCUGUAGUUGACCAGGAACUAAUGGAGAAACUCACAAAUGAAAAUGAAAAGCUGAAGGGGAUGGUGAGUUCUCUGGAAAUAAAGAUAGAUGAAACAGCAAAAGAACUUCAGGAGACAACCAGGAUUAGCCAGGAUAGACUAAAGCAAGCACUGGAGGCAGAAUCUAAAGUAGUGAAGUUGAAGAGUGCAAUGCAGAGGCUUGAAGAGAAGAUUUCAGACAUGGAAGCUGAGAAACAAAUUAUGCGUCAGCAGACCAUCUUAAACACUCCUGCGAAAACUGUUUCUGGGCAUCCACCAACUGUAACUGUUAAAAAUCUGGAAAAUGGCCACCGUACAAACUUGGAAAACCAAUUCAAUGAAACUGAGCUCGCUGGAAAUGCUGGGAGAUCUACUACAGAACGUCAACUUGAGAAUGUUGAUACUCUUAUUGACUGUGUUAAGGACAAAAUCGGUUUCAGUAAUGGGAAACCUAUUGCUGCAUUUACAAUAUACAAGUGUCUUCUUCAUUGGAAAUGCUUUGAAUCUGAGAAGACUAGCGCGUUUGAUCGUCUUAUUGAGAUGAUUGGUUCCGCGAUUGAGAAUGAAGAUGACAAUGUUCAUUUGGCGUAUUGGUUAACAAACACAUCGGCACUACUAUUUUUACUUCAAAAAAGUCUUAAAACUGGUGGCACCGGAGCAACGGCAAGCAAGAAGCCACCCAUCACAACUUCCUUGUUUGGAAGGAUGGCCUUGAGCUUCCGCUCGUCACCAAACCUUGCCGCCGCGGCUGAAGCUGCUGCUCUUGCGGUGAUCCGCCCAGUGGAGGCAAAGUACCCGGCGCUGCUUUUCAAGCAACAGCUUGCAGCAUAUGUGGAGAAAAUAUUUGGGAUGAUUAGGGAUAACUUGAAGAAAGAGCUCUCAGCUUUAAUUUCUCUGUGCAUUCAGGCGCCGAGAAUUUCAAAAGGAGGGAUGCAAAGAUCUGGUAGGUCGCUUGGAAAAGACUCCCCUGCUAUUCACUGGCAGAGCAUUAUUGAUGGUCUCAAUUCGCUUCUUGCCAUAUUGAAAGAAAAUUAUGUUCCUUUGGUACUCAUCCAGAAGAUACACACUCAAACUUUCUCGUUCAUCAAUGUGCAACUGUUUAACAGCCUACUCCUGCGUAAAGAGUGCUGUACAUUUAGCAAUGGAGAGUUUGUAAAGGCUGGGCUUGCAGAGCUAGAGUUGUGGUGCGGCCAAGUGAAUGAAUAUGCUGGUCCAUCUUGGGAUGAACUGAAACACAUCAGACAAGCUGUUGGGUUCCUGGUUAUCCACCAGAAGUACAGAGUAUCAUACGAUGAUAUAGUACAUGAUCUUUGCCCGAUCCUCAGUGUCCAACAACUUUACCGGAUAUGCACAUUAUACUGGGACGACUGUUAUAACACCCGAAGUGUGUCUCAAGAGGUAAUAUCGAGCAUGCGUGCACUCAUGACAGAGGAAUCCAACGAUGCAGACAGCAAUUCCUUCUUAUUGGAUGAUAAUUCUAGCAUUCCCUUCUCAAUCGACGAAAUAUCCAGUUCGAUGCAAGAAAAAGACUUUGCAAGUGUCAAACCCGCGAAAGAGCUUCUUGAAAAUCCAGACUUCGUUUUCUUGCACUAGUUUCUUGGGAUUGAGAAGCUCGGAUUCUAAAAGCUCUUCCUCUGUUUUUUUUUCAAGUCUGAGGUGGAGGGGUGCCUUCUUGAGCCAAAAGGAAAGAAGAUGGGAACAAAGUGUAAAUUUUCAUUUGUUGCGGGUUUGUUUCUUACAAAACCUCUGUAAUACUCACCAAUUCAUUCAUUUAUUAUUU